AUGAAACCUGCUUCUAGGAGGCUGGCCGUCUGCCUGGCCACCUCUUCCGCCCUCUCCGUCGACAUCUUUCUCCUUCGUUGGGCUACCGGGCGUGCUUCCGAUUUGACGGCCAGAUGGUGUGACGUAAUUUUUGGGUCUAUGCCCGGCAUGUCGGCCGGUGUCCAGGCGAACAAAUCCCUAUUGGCCCUUAUCAUUUCGACCAAGGGCUCCUUCAACUCAUGCGGGAGGUUCUUGUUGAUGAACGUGAAUUUUUCCUCCGUGUCGCCGAUCAUGAAUUUUUCCAGGUCCCCUUCUGGUUCCGGUCUGGGUUUGUCGUCUACUCUGGCGUCCAGGUCAGCUAGGAACACGCCGGACGCCUCUUUGGAUUUCUUCCUUAGGGAGAGGCUGGCAUUGUCGCAAGCGACUACCGUCUCAAGGUCUCCUCUUAUGGACCCUAUAGAUCCGUCAUCGCCCGUCUUCCUUGCGUUCAUCCCUCUUCGUCGCGUUCUUCCUCUCGCCGCUGUUCCUCGCGUUCAUCGCUCCCUCUUCGUGGUUCAGACGUUUUCGCCGCCUCGCCGCCUCGCAUUCUCGCCAUCAUUCGUACUCAGUUCCUGCCACAUCUCCGUCCUCCUUUCAGUUCCCAUAGUCAGUCCGUGGUCCUCUGUUCUCGCCGCCUUGACGUCCUCCUGCUUGCCGCCUUGCCGUACUGAGUUCCUGCCACAUCGCCGUCCUCCGUUCUGGUCGGUUCGCCAUCCUCCUUUCAGCGAAUCAGGCUUCAUUGUUCAGGACUGCAGAACCUUGUGUGUGAUUUUCCCAAUUUCAAUUCCAAUCAACUGUUGCGGUGGCUGGGAUCAGAUGACAUCAGCUACGGCUAUGGCUGCUACUGUCUCUCACAUUCACCCUCAGCUCUCUUGCUCCGCCUCCCUUCACUCUCACCGCACACUGCUUCGACGUUUCCACCUUCCAUCUCCUUCCGUUCGCUCCAAGUUAUCAGUUGUUAUGUGUCUGGAGAGGCAUGGCACAGAUAUUGCCGGUUCUGAUACCAAAACUACACUAAGUUAUGCAACUGAUGCAAAAGAAAACCAUGAUACUGAAAAGAUAAGCUCCGGAGAGACAGCAACAGAGGGCAUCAGUCAACAGAAAGGGACUGCGAAAAUUCACGAUUUUUGUUUAGGCAUUCCCUUUGGUGGAUUUGUUCUAACUGGAGGGAUUAUUGGAUUCCUGUUUUCACGGAGUACUGCAACACUCACCAGUGGUGUGAUCUUUGGCGGUGCUUUACUAUUUUUUAGCACCCUCAGCUUGAAGGUCUGGAGGAAAGGAAAAUCAAGUUUACCAUUUAUUCUAGCACAAGCAGCAUUGGCAGGGAUCCUUAUCUGGAAGAACUUUCAGAGCUACUCAUUGCCAAAGAAAAUAUUUCCAACUGGCUUCAGUGCUAUUUUAAGUUCUGCAAUGCUCUGUUUUUAUUUGUAUGUGCUUAUCUCUGGAGGAAACCCACCGCCUAAGAAAUUGAAGCCAUCUGCCAGCGUUGUAUGAUGAGAUAACGAAGCUUGUGUUAGCCUAUGUGAUGUGGGACAUAUGGUUGUUUUGCUGCAAAUUGAAGUAAGGUUGUAAGCUAGUUUGGUUAAGUCACUUAUGAAAGUAGGUCAGCAAAGAGGUGCCAAUGUGAUUAUUGCUUUGGAUUCCAAGGCACUUAUUCUAUACCAAUAAAAUGAAAUUUGAUGAAAAAACCUAUUUGCAAUUUAUACUCAACAUAGGUGCUUUUUAAAUUGCAUAUGCAUUUAGCAUGAAAUUUGGACCCAAGAUAGGAAAUGGAUUGCGACAGUGAGUGAAAAUUUAGUCAACAUGAUCAUGUAUUGAUUACAGCCCAUUUAUAUGAUUCUCUUGUCUAAUAUAUGGUAUAACAUUCUUAAUGAAUGUUCUGAAAACUUAAACAUGACUAGGUCAUGACUCUGACUCAUGUGAGUGAGGAUUGAUUCGCAUUGGUCACACACUAAGAUGAUUGAAGUACACGUGUUAUCCAGUUUGCUGAUAUGUCUUGUAUGCUAAGAUGCUGCAUUUAUAAUGGAAGGAAAUGUUGAAUAACAAUACAAGUCUAUAGCAAAACACUACAUUCCAAUGACAUAUCACAUGUCCAAAAGUGUCUGAUGAACACAAGAUCAAAUAACAGAAUCAACCAUGUAAUGCAAUCAACCAACUAAAAUAGAAUUGUAUAUCCCUAGGAUUAGAGAAAUUCCAGAACGCGAGCCAAUACCAAAAGAUCCAUGGAACUUGUAAGCUUCUUUAACCAUGCUCAUUCCACGUACCU